UGAACGCAAUAUAGAUAUAGGUAAGUACGGCGUACGGCCGGUACGGGUAUGAUGCCAUGGUAUGCAGAUGAAACACAUGGAUACAUAUAUGUACAUGGUGCAGUACCGUCCUAUUAUGUGGUAUACAACUAGUGCGGUAUAUGUUUGUAUAAUGUAAAAUAAGUAAUAUUAAAAUAGACUGGAAAUGAUCAAAAACCUACAUUUACGAAUGUAUACCUCAUGAUUGUUGCAAAGAGAUAUUGAAUAAAAAGAGUAGCAGCGAGGUGACUAACCACUUUGAUUACAAGAACGACCACCUAGCACGAUACGAUUAAAAACAAUAGCGGCAGAACUGACAACGCCACAAAAACAACAAUAAUAAUGUAAAAAGCAGCAUUAUUUUUAAAUGUAAAAAUUUUUCAAGUCACUUGAAAAAUUGUAAUGUUUAGUAGAACAUAAGGAAUAUUCAUUCAUUGAUGUUGCUAAUAGUUAGGAGCAAGUUUUUAAAUAAUGAGUUUUCGCUUAUAAGUGGCUCGCAUGGAAUGAGAGUCUUAGUAUGACUAUUCCAUAUAAUAUGUCACUUUUUGGAAAUGGAAUACAAAACAAUUACUAUUAUAUCAAAAGGGAUUCGAUCAGAUAAAGAAAGGGAUCAGUUCCACUGCUGUUAUAAUUUUCCCAACAAGGGUAAAUGGCCAUGGCAGAAAACUCAGAAAGUGAAAAAUAUCCUUUACACAAAUGUAUAUUUCAAGGAGACGUUAAAACUUUAAGUUCUUUGAUUAGAACUUACGAUAUUGCGGAGAAGGAUAAACAAGGAAAUACACCUUUGCAUUUAGCCGUUAUGUUAGGAAGGAAAGAAUCAGUCCAAUUGUUACUUGCACACGGGGCACCUGUAAAAGUAAAAAAUUUGGCCGGAUGGAGUCCACUUGCAGAAGCGAUCAGUUAUGGAGAUAGACAAACCAUAUCAUCGUUGGUGCGAAAACUAAAACAACAAGCUAGAGAACAAAUGGAAGAAAGAAGGCCAAAUUUAGUUGCGACAUUGCGACAGAUGGGUGAUUUCUACAUGGAAUUAAAAUGGGAUUUUCAAAGUUGGGUACCACUUGUUUCUCGUGUACUUCCUUCUGAUGUUUGUAAGAUACACAAAAGCGGGGCAUCCAUUAGAAUGGAUACUACGCUAGUAGAUUUUAAUGAUAUGAGAUGGGAAAGAGGCGACAUAUCCUUCAUUUUUAAUGGUGAUCAAAAACCGAGAAAAUCAUUGACAGUACUUGACAACAAAGCUAAACUUUUUCAAAGAGUGAGAUACGAGGAAACAGAAUUGGAAAUAGAAGACGAAGUUGAUAUUCUUAUGUCGAGUGAUAUUAUGGCAGCACAAAUGUCAACAAAAGGUAUUACAUUUUCAAGAGCUCAGACAGGAUGGAUAUUUCGCGAAGACAAAAGAGAGAUGGUAGGACCUUUCCAUGCAGACUUUUACCAAAUCAAUGGAAUGGUGUUGGAAAGUAGAAAACGACGAGAACAUUUAAGCGAAGAAGAUUUGCAAAAAAAUAAGGCCAUUAUGGAGUCUUUAACUAAAGGGAACUCGCAAGGAUUUGCGAACGGCGAGCCUCAUGUUAGAAGAGCUUCUCUAAAUCCACCACCAGAAUCAAACAUUACUUGGGAAGAGUAUAUCAUGGCUCAACCGGGUCAAUGUCCACUUCUAGGAAGAAAUCUUGUUUAUAAGGAAAGCAGUAAAUCAUUUAAAGCAACAGUUGCCAUGAGUCCAGAUUUUCCAUUGACUGUCGAUAUGCUACUCAAUGUUUUGGAAGUAAUUGCACCAUUCAAGCACUUUAGCAAAUUGCGACAGUUUGUCCUUAUGAAAUUGCCACCUGGAUUUCCCGUAAAAAUUGAUAUACCUAUUUUACCAACAGUGACAGCAAAAAUCACUUUUCAGGAAUUUGCCUUUCGCAGUGAUAUAGACCCACAAUUAUUUCAAAUACCAUUAGAUUAUUUUGAGGAUCCUAUGAGAUUUCCAGAUUUAUGACGGCUUCAAGUUCUAAAACCAACCCAAGUCAAUUAUGAAACUAAAAAGAAGGCCGUUUUUCCUCUGCAAAAGUAUUCGGCUUCUGAGUUUACAUGGACAUAUUGCUGCCAGAAUGGCCUCUCAAAAAGUUGCACAGUAUUCUUUGAAGAAAGAUUGCUCUAAGUUACUAAGUACUAAGAGUAACAAGUAUUUGUAUUUAUGAGAGUCCACAGUAAGUUUGGAAGGUGGUAUAUUCUAUUUGCAAAGAUGUAUGCUAAAUCGUAAAAAAGAAAGCAACCUAAUAAGUCUAUGCACGUGAAGAUAUCCGCUCUACUCUCCUCAGAAAGAAGAUACGGAAAUUUUGUAGGUUUGUAGAGCGGCCGAAGAUGAAACAUAAAAUGUGUAUUGUACCAGUGGUAAUUGCUCUUCAAAGUUCUACUCUUAUAAUGCUAUCUUAAAAACAAUUGAUUAUAAAAGAAAAUCUAAACAAAUUUUCUAUGGUUUUUUUACAAAAGAAAAAAAAAGUAUGAUAUGUACAACAAUGAAAAAAAAUGAAUAAGAAAUGUAAAAAUCACUUGUAAAUAUUGCCAUCCGUGUUAUGCAUACAAGCUUAACAAAUCUAUUACCCGGAGGAGAUUUCUAUAAAUACUUAUUUAAGCAUCGGUACAUAUACAUAUGUAUGUAAGUAUGUAUAAUGCUAGUGUAAAAUAAAAAUAAUUCACUACAACACCGACUUUUAGAGAAAUGUUGAAAAUAAAUGUGGUAAAAGUGAUUUUUGAAAUAUCUAUUAUUAAUUUCUUCAUCGACGUCUCUCUACCAUGUUAUCUUUAUAAUUUGUUUAAAAGAGUUCCCAAUUUUGUAGCCAAUAGUUUUGAAGAUAGCAUAAAACUAUUGAAACUUUGGAAGGUGGUUUCAUGCGUUAAUUUCAGUUGCUGUACCUUUUAUAUUUGGCUGUUCAACAAAUCUAUAAAAUUUCGUUAAAAUCGGGAAGGAACAAUUCAUGGAUGUUCCUUAUCAGUGCAUAAAGAGUUACUAUGUUGUGCACCUUGCUUUACCUCAUGGAGCUUCAGUUUUGAGCUUUCCUUUUUUUUGCAUUUACGCAUUAAUAUUUGAAAAGUAUUUUAUUUGCGAGAUAGAAAUACUCGCAGUAUUUAUUUACAAACAGAAAAAGUUAUCUCUUCUAAAGAAAAAGUUAUCUCUUCGAUUGAUAGAAAGUGUUUGGAGGCGUUUGUUACAAAUAGAUUCUUUUUGAAAAUAAUAGCCAAAUGGUGCCUCCUGUUCUACUUCACAUCAUUGUGUACCGUCAUUACAAAUAUGAUCCCUCAAAA